GCACUUGGAGCAUGCGCCCGCGGGCUCGUGGAGGGACCUGAGCACGAGCCCUGUGACGUCACGGGCUCCGGUCAGAGCGCGCGGGGCUCCGGUGUGUGUGUGACGCGUGUCUCCGGUGCUACUGCUCGUUUCUUCCCCGCAGAGACGCGAGGAGGCCGGCGGGCAUUUGUCAGAGUCCCGCUGUGUGGAGACAACAUGUCGGCCUCCAGGAGACAGGCGUGUUUCCUGUGCGACCUGCCCCGGAUGCCCUGGGCCCUGAUCUGGGACUUCACCGAGCCCGUGUGCCGCGGCUGCGUCAACUACGAGGGCGCGGACCGGGUCGAGUUCGUCAUCGACACCGCCCGGCAGCUGAAGCGGGCUCACGGCCUCCAGGACGGCCGCUCCCCGGGUCCGGGGAAGCCCCAGCACGCCGGGAAGGACAUCAACCACUCGGCAGGAGACUCCGGCUCCCGUCCCCCGCAGCCUCUGGACCGCUACCCGCUGUCUGACCGGCCUCCGCGGCUGGGAGCGGAGUACCAGGCGGGCAGGUCGGCGAACGGCCUCCCGGUGCCGAACGGAUUUCCGAAACCGGACGAGCCUCCCGAGCUGAACCGUCAAAGCCCGAACCCCCGCCGGACCAGCACGGUUCCUCCCAGCCUGGUGCCUCUGGUGAACGGAGUCAUUCCCACCGGCCAUCCGCUCAACGGCCGCCCGGCUCACAUGGCUCUGCCCGGGGCUCUGGUGGCGCACGGCCCCGGGGAGCACGGGAAGCGACCCGAGGAGCCGAGAGACAAACACCGGCCGGACAUGUCCGACAUGUCGGACAAGGAGUGGACGGGCAAAGGUAGAACCGUGCGGGACCUGAUGGCGCUACACACGUUCGAUAGCCGGUUGAAGAAGGAGCAGGCCGCCAUGCACAGGCUGAUGGGAUAUGAACCCGGGGCCGCAAAGACAGGUACGAUGUUUGAGGAAUACCGAACUCACGUAAGACACCACGUCAAACCACGUGUCUGCAGCGGACACGCUCAUCUCGUGCACGAGUUUUGACACUGGACACGUGUUUGAAUUA